AUGUUGUGUGGGAGUCACGUUGGGAGGGCGCAUGGUAAAAGGCUUGAAGAGUUAAAAACCAUGUCUUUAUUUAGUGAAGGGUUCAUCGCCUUGCACAAAUCAGACUUUCCUGCAGUUAAAUCAGUGAAGUGCUGUUGUGCUGGCAAAAAGCAUACUGUUGUUGCUAAAAAGGAGAAACCUGUUUGUGGUUGUAUUGGCCAGGGCUUUAUACAAAAUGCCAAAUGGAACCAUUACUGUGCAUUAGUUGAUCCUGGAACUAGCCCUGAUAAAUACAGAGAAACUAUGCUGACUCUUGGCAAAUACCAUAACAGGGACAUUCAUGAGUGGGAAGGGAGAUUUUGUUCUUUUUGUCCUUUGGUUAAAUGUAGUUGUAAGGAGUGCAAGGCAGGUGAGAAUGGGUUUUAACCAGACAUGAAAUGCCAAGGACAGCCAUAUCACUCUGCUCAUGCCUGGAAAUGUGACCUUCAUGGACUUGCAUAUGAGAGAAUGUGCUAAGAGGGCAAACAAUGCAGAAAAGGUAAUAGAUCCUGAGUUAGGAAAGGGUCAUUCAAAUCUUCCCGAAUCGAUAUUCAGUGUCCUAACUAAAUUUCACGCCAAGGACACCAACCUGCAUCAAAAGAACUAUCAGACAUCCACAAAUCUUGGACUUCUGCAAGCAAGCAUGACGUGGUGCUUCCAGAAUAAAGAACCACAUUAA